CAGCAUAUAGUGUUCUUCAGAAAUCCUUCGAGGACCCACAAAAGCAUACCAUACAACACGAUAUUGCUAUACGCAGUCCAUCAUGGCCACCAUCCGCACCCUCCAACCCCUCCUUCGCAGCGCUCCCCGCCUUGCAACCCGCAACAUCGUCCAAGUCCAGCAAGUCCGCUACCUCAACAAAUCCACCUCCCCAUCCCUCUACGCCGCCCAUGCAACCGUCACCGGCGCCCGCAAUGGCAAAGUCACAGCCGAGAACCUGCAACUCCAACUCGGCCAGCCCAAAGACCUCGGCGGUAAAGGCGGAGCCACAAAUCCAGAAGAGCUCUUCGCAGCAGGCUAUGGAGCAUGUUUCCAAUCUGCUAUGAAUGCCGUCGCUCCAACGAUGGGGAUCAAGUUCCCCAGUGAUAGUGUGGUUGAUACGACGGUGCAUUUGAUUGGGAGUAUGAAGGAGUUGGAUUUGGGGAUUCGAGUGGACAUGAAGGUUAGGGUGAAGGGCAUUAGCAAAGAGGAAGUGGAGAAGUUGGUGGAGAAGACGAAGGGCGUUUGUCCUUAUUCGAGGGCUACUGAGGGGAAUGUUGUGACGAAUGUCGAGGUCGUGGUGGAGUAGAUGGGCCUCCUUUGCGCGUAGGCGCCACGGCGAUCUUGGCUUGUGGCAUGUAUGAUAUUUGACAUGAGAAAAUUGCCACGACACUGGAUAUGAAAUUC